AAACAACGUAUAAAAGACAGCCUCCAGAAUAAGAUAGAGAACCCCGUCCAUCAAGCUUUUUGAAUUCUCUUCUUAUCUUCCACUGCUUGUUUAACUGUCACCAACCAGCCCAUCCAGCACCCCAAAUAUGUUGUUCUUCGCUACCUUUCUUCCCUUGCUCGCUCUCGUGUCUGCUACCCCUCUCACCAAACGCUACUCUGGUGCCAAGAUCCAGUCCUCCAGAGACAGCAAAUGCCUAUCCCCUAACAGCAACGACUACAGCAACGGCGUUCAAGUCGUCACUGUAAGCUGUGAUCAAGCCCAAACUUGGGAUAUCAACCCUGGGUCCGGCAGUGUUAUCCUUCACGGCACUAACUUCGCUUUGGAUGCUGGUACUGGCAGUGACAACAACGAAGGUGUCAAGAUCUGGACUUCUUACCCUGGCCUUUUCCAGCAGACUUGGUUUUUGACUGGUGACCAGCGCAUUGCCAUCACCGGCGGCAACCAAUGUCUCGAUGAGGGCGACAACGGGCCCCAGACCUACCAAUGCACUCCUUAUAACACCAACCAAGUUUGGAAUAUUAUCGACGGUAGCGGCCCCGCUCCUUCUUCCACAUCCUCCGGCCCUACCCCUUCUAGAACUUGCACUGCUUGGAGUAACUAAGUCUGGAAACUCUGAAGAUCACAAUUUGUAUGCCUCGUAACAGCAGCCCAACAGUUAUAAUCAACACGUAUUCGAUAAUAUUUAGGAAUGAUGAGGAUGGACAGUCAUUCACUGGUGAAACGUAGUAGUGUAAUGAAUAUAGCACUUUUAUUAUCUGAAAUCGAGAUGUAGGUAUGCACA